CGCUCUGUGAGUGGGCCUCCUGUGCCGCACCGCCUCUGACCCGCGCGGGCCUCGCCGCGGUGCCCUGCCUCGGUCUCCACGGGACACCGCCCGCUCCCUUCCUGCCUCUUUUCCGCUUUCCUUUUCCUCCUCUCGCGGUGGCCUAGGGUUUGGGAGGGUUUGGGGGAGGGCGGGAUCUCGCCGUCGUUGCGGGAGAGCGGCGGCGCGGGAUUACUCAGCCCGUCCGUCGGCGGCCGCGUCGUACUCCAGGCGCGCCACCGAUGGGCCGUGUCUCUUUCACUGCAUCUGCCCCUGUUCUCUUCGCCCCUUUGCUGAGUUCCGGAUCCAAUUUACUGUGCUCUCGUCCUUCUGCUCUUCAGGCCUGCAGUGUUUCGCCCGGCGUUGCCUGCUUUCCGUUCCUCCUGCUCUCAUCAGGUGUGUGUUGGGUUCCAGAUCCGUUUUGUUGUUACCAUUUCCUCCAAUUUCUUGCUGAUUCUUACCUUUGUGCUUCCUGUUAUGUUUGUGGAAUUUGCUCUCUUUGCCGGUGCCCGCUGCCUUCUUCCGCUCCCCACGCCUGCACUGUUCCGCCGCCGUUGACUGGUUCACUGGACUCUCCGAAGCGGUUAUCUCUAGGUGGUCUGCCGCUGCGACACAUUCUCGGUGACUGCCUCUUGCUCCAGUUUGUCAGGUCUCUACGAGAAGAAGCUGACCGACGUCCCGGACGACUAGAGGAUCCAAAAGGAUGUACCCGAAGAUCAGAAGCCCCAGGAGACUCAGGAGUACUACGAAGAGUUACCAGGUUCACGCCCAUCUACGACUUGAAUUCCUAUUAGGCAUUGCUUGCUAGAAUUGCUAUGGCUUUACUAUGUGUGUGAGAUAAGCCUGCAUGGCCUACUUGUUACCGUAUUCCUUGUAUCCAUAUUGUACCUUGAUUGAUUAUUGGAUGCUUUGGCUACCAUGAGAGUGAAUGAGUAUGGGAUUCCAUGAUAUGAUAAUCUUGGCAUGCAUGAAGAACCACCAUGUGAGGAGCCAGUGAUAGGUCUUUCUAGCGGGGGUGAUCGAUUUAACCUGAUCUUCGGAUCAGGGGCUGGGGGUGUGUGUUGGGACACCCUGCGGAGCACCUGUGGUGGGUGCAUUUGUGUCAGAGGACACUAGGCGGGAUACUUGCGGAGUUUGGAGAGGCGAUACCUGUAAUGGGUGCCUUUGGCGGACCACUGCGGAGGACUGCGCGAGAAGAUGCAUGCCCCAGCUCUUAUGGACAUAUGCGGUAACUAUGAUUAGUGGGACUUUGUUAUUGUACGCACCACUUACCCCCGAAUGGGCAGGGGUUCCAGCCAUUUCUAGUUGUGCGGUACCAGACUAUAGGAGUUGUGUGUCAAGAGAGAGUAGUCGCAGGCGCACCCCUGAGGAAUUUGGGCUGUGCCGAACUCGUCUCCGAGACUCUCGAAACCAGUUGGCCAGGUUAGAGCUUCACAAUCCCAGGUCAUUCGUUCUACCGAAUGUCCCUAACCCCGGGAACGCAGAAUGGUACCGUCAUAGCUAGGGAGUCAUGGUUGUGGGGUGUGUCUCAAUCGGUUGAUCCUCGAAUUGCAGCCCGAGUGGGUACAGGUGUACAACCCCUGCAGAGUGAAAUCUAUACGUAUAGCCGCGUACUCGAUCAUAUACAUUCCUACUCUUCUGUUACCUCAUCUAGAGUAGUAAACCCUGAUUUCUACCUCCCUCUAGUCCACUUCCCCCUAUGGAGUCAGGUUAGGUGCAGGGAGAGGGAGUUCCUGCACCGACCUGGGAUGGGUGAGAGAUAUGUAUAUGGAGAUAUAUGUAUAUGUUUGCAUAGGAAACCCCAGCCUAUCCAUUGGCUAGUUUUAUACCUUGCAUCCACUUAAAGCUUGCAUACAGAUGGUGACGUGAACCUAUACCGUCCUUGG